UGGCGGUGGCUAUCAGCGGCUGGCCCAGUGCGUCCUGGUGCGAGGCAUGGCGCGCCGCACAAUGUCUCUUCUUCCCCACUGGUCCUCUCGUAUUUUCUCAGUGGAGCUGGACGGAGCGAGCCACUACUUCGCAAUUCAAGAGAAGCACCGGGGGGAAGAAGUGCCACGGGUGUUCAGAAAACUGCCGGACCAUGACCGGUGUUACUCCCUGCUCGUCUGCAGCGGCGACAGAAUCCGAGGAGCCAAGGUUUACGGGGAGCUGAAAGACAAAUUGCUGAGGCUCUUGUCUCCAGAGUGUGACUUGUCUCCCAUGUCCUCGUUUCUGCCAAACGUCAAGGACUCUCUCGUCAAGGGGUAUUUUUUUAAAGGUAGCUCUGGGAGUUGCUCCCCGACAGAACGACUCUUGCGAGAUUUCGCGCAGCGUGACCCGGUGCUGGUGUGUUCAUACUUAAGAGGCGAAGACGGUCAACUGUGGACUCAGCAUCUGUGGCCACAUGCAGAGAGCCAGUUGAUGGACGUUUCGAAGGAGUACUAUGUGGUGCCCUCGGAGGCGCCAGAUCAUCACCCAUCGACUCUCAACCUCGUCAACUCGGAUGUUUUCUACAGUUUUGAGGAGGCCUAUGAAGUCCUAAAAAAGUGCGGUGACAUCAUCCCAGAGGCGAAGUCUGUACUGGAGCUGCUGCCCAGCAGAGUGGAGGCCAGAAGUAAACCAGCCUCCCCUGUUAUUGUCAUAGAAGGCCUGGAUGCCACAGGUAAGACCACUCUGACUCAGUCUCUGAGGGAUGCUCUGAGGGCCGUUCUGCUGCAGUCCCCUCCCCAGUGCAUGUCCCCCUGGAGGGCCCGGUUUGAUCGGGAGCCCCCCCUUAUCCGCAGGGCCUUCUACGCUCUGGGGAACUACUUCACAGCAGAAACAAUAGCCCAGCAGAGCAUGGAGACACCUGUCAUCAUUGACAGAUUCUGGCACAGUACGGCAGCCUAUGCCAUCGCCACAGCAGUGAGCGGUCCACUGUGCAACCUUCCAGAUGAGGGUUCGGAGGUGUACCGUUGGCCCAGUGACCUGCUCCAGCCCAGUCUGGUGGUCUUACUCACUCUGCACCCUGAGGAGAGGAAGAAGAGACUGAGGAACAGAGGUCAAGGAAAGACUGAAGAGGAGCAAGAGCUGGACCACAACCGGCUGUUCAGACUCAGAGUGGAAGAGGUUUACCGGAGGAUCAGUGGCCCAGCUUGCAUCACUGUGGAUGCUAGUCCUUCGGCAGACCAAGUGCUCCAACAAGUGCUGCUUUUAAUUAGGGGCAAAUGCCACUUGUAAACAGUUCUCCAUCUCCCCUGCCGUCAGCCAAGCAUCAAGUGGAUGCAGUACCUCCUUUGACCACUGGGUGCCAGUAAGGUGUCGUGAAUGUGAUAGGAGGAGGAAUGGUGGCCAGAUUGGAGUGCGGAGAAGAGAUACUAUUCAGAAUGAGUAAAGGUUGAAUGGCCAGGGGCCAGAACUGCAUGCUACAAUCAGAAAUACAUAUUCAUGUAGACACACACACAGACACAGACAGACAGACACACACACACACACACACACACACACACACACACACACA